UCCUCCAGAUUGGUUGUUGCUCAAGAUCUGCUCAAUGAGUUUGAUCCUUUUCCGGUUUUUCAUUUACUUGUUGCUUUUUUCCCCAACAUUUUUCUUGGAUUGAUCAUCGCACUUCAGUGUGCCACUUUUCUUUUACUUGCUCAUACUUUUGCAACAUUUUUGCCUGAUUGGUCAUCACUUCUUGGGUGUUGCUUUUGUUACUUGAAGGAUUUGAAUUUAGUCACAUGCCUUGGUUACAGUGCAAGUGCUAGAUCACCAGAAGUGACGAAGUAUAAACAUUGGCCAGGACACUGUGUAAAAUUUCCUUAUUCAUCUAAACAGUGCCAUGGCAUUGAAUAUAAAUGACAGACAGCGCUGACAGGGCAGCACUCCUGAGGCUCAGUUUAGCUUUUGCAUUCAGUUCUGGAGCAAGUCUUGAACCUACAAACUUCUGGCUCAGAGGCAGGAGAAGUGCCCAUUGAGGCAUUACUGAGCAGUCAGAUUCAAUUAAGGAGAUUAAACCCACAGAGUCAUGAAGGACUGAACAUCCACAUUGUGCAAUUACACCCAGGCUGCAUUUUAAAUUAAGUCACUGAUCGGAAGAAAAUUUUUCAUAAAAACAGUAAAUGCUGGAAACACUCAUCAGGUCAGCAGCAUCUAUAGAGAGAAACAGAAAAUCCUUCGACAGAACUGGGGAACCAUCAGCCUGAAACACUAACCCUGUUUCUCUCUCCACAGAUGCUGCCUGACCCGCUGAGUGUUUCCACUUCUCCCUCCUUUCUCCUCCCCCCUCCCAUCGGGCAGAAGGUACAAAAGCCUGAAAGCACGUACCACCAGCCUCAAGAACAGCUUCUAUCCCACUGUUGUAAGACUAUUGAAUGGUCCCCUAGUACAAUAAGAUGGACUCUUGACCUCACAACCUACUGUGUUAUGACUUUGCACCUUAUUGUCUGCCUGCACUUUCUCUGCAACUGUAACACUUUAUUCUGCAUUCUGUUAUUGUUUUCCCUUGUACUACCUCAAUGUACUGUGUGAUGAAAUGAUCUGUAUGGAUGGCAGGCAAAACAAAGUUUUUCACUGUACCUCAGUACAUGUGACAAUAAUAAACCAAUUUCUGUUUUAAUUUCUGACAUCUGCAGGUUGUGUUUUGAAUUCCAUUUAAUUCCCUUGACUGGGAAUGGAACGUUAUGCAAGGCUUCCUACUUGGUGAAAAAAAAACACUGAAAAUUUCUGGACAGCAGCAAGAACGUUGGUCAUUGUUAGCGAAUCAAACCGGUCAUAGGAGGCGAAGAAUCAUAACUACUGGGUUGUCCCAGUCAAGGAGCGAAUAAAGGAAUUCGUUUUACAAGGAGGAGCAGCAGGUUGCGGUUCACUGUUUGAAUUCUGCUGGGUUGGAGUGAGUCAGGCUGGGUCUUGUUAGAGGCGGUCUACUUCAGAUUAAACAACCCAGGUGGAAUUGGUCGAGUCACUCACGAGAUUCGGGCCGUUACCGGAUAUUCCGUUCCCGGAGCCCGAACACAGCCAGGGGGUUGCACCGAGGUUCCCUCCCGCACCCAGGCGUGUGGCGGAGCGAGGGGAAGCUGGUGACAGCGACAGCCGGGACAUGUCGCCCUUCCUCGGGCUGAGCAGCGUGGGCUGGGCCGGUCUCCUGUGCCUGCAACUCGUCCUGUGCCAACCUCUACCAGGUCAAACAGAAUUUAAACUAGGAAGAUUUCAGGAACUACCUUUAAUAAGGAACACCUCAAUUGAAGCCUUUUUGUGGAACAUUCCUGAGAAUGUAACAUUCAUCACCAUUCAAGUGCACACCCAAUAUGUUAAUACAACUCUCUCACUCAAGGUCUCUGGAAGAGGCCCUUCAGUGAUGGGUGCUGACCCUGGCUUGUUGCUGAACCUAAAGCCAAGAGAGAGUGUGUUCACGUGGCACCUGGAAACACAGGCUCAAAAUGCUUCAGCAAUGUCAGUUAUUCUCCCCUACACCUCAAGAGAUCCUGUCCCAGGUGGAUGCAGUUUGGGGUCUAACUUGACAAUUGAUCCAAACCUAUACUUGGAGUACAACCUGUAUGAAGCCACAAUACGUUUUGCUCCAGCUAGUGUUGGCUAUGCAAGGGGAGCAGCUCCACCUUCGUGUGAGGUCACAGGGAAAGGAUCCAGGUGGCAACUGCAAUAUGACGUCUAUCAGUAUUUUCUCCCAGAGGGUGACCUGUCAGAAAAAGUCCUCUUUGCCUCUCUCCAGAAGAUGGCUGAAGUGCAGAAGAUGGAAGCAAAUGGAGUCAAGUUGUUCAGCCUGGGUGCACAAGACAAGACCACAGUCACUGUCUCCUCCAUACGUGGUCAAGGGGUGAUUUAUAAUGUCAUUGUUAAGGAUCCAGAGCUGAACACUUCAGCAGCUUACACACUCGUUCACACGUACGGGUGUAGUUUCACAGCCAAACUGGACAACUGCCACACGCUGCGAAGAAAUUCAACAAGAGUGUUUUUUGUGGUUGUUGGACUUCUUGGAUUGUUCGUCUGUUUCUUUGGGCACAGGUACCUAAAAACAGAAUUCUUCUUCAUAGGAUUUAUAAUCCUGGGAUUUCUAUCCUUCAUCCUUCUCAUGCGCACAUCUUCACUGGAUUAUGACAUUGUUCUGAGUCUGACUGCUGUCCUGGGCUAUGUUGGUGGAGGAUUGAUGGUAGCUUGCUGGUGGUGCUUUGGUUCCAUUAUUUUCUCCAUGCUGUUUGUUGGCCUGGUACUUGGCUUCCUCCUCUCCUCGAUUGUCAUCACACCAGUAGGAAACAUUGAAACCUUCCAGGAUGAUUCUGUCUUCUGGCUGUCAUUGACAAGUCUUUCUUUGCUUGUACCCCUCCUUUUCUUCAGCUGUCCAAGAGCUUUGAAUAUUACGGCCUGUGGAUUUAUCGGCUCCUAUGCAGUGGUCCUUGCAAUGCAUACCUUUGUGUUCACCAGCCUUGCCUACAUCACAUUCAACGUGCUCAAGCGAGCACUGGAUGAUGACUACAAAUCUGCCUACACAAAUGUGCCCUUCCAGAUGAAUGAUUAUAUCAUGUUAUCAGUGUGGGUGAUCUUGUUGGUAAGUGGAAUGGUCUUCCAGUUUGCACGUGAGAAGGACCAGCCAAUCUUUCCACCACAUCCAUACCAAACCUGGAAGCUUAAACAGGAGCGCCGUAAAACCAAUGUCUUGGACCCCAGUCAUCACAUUCCACCCAUCAAGGAUCGGCUGAGGAACAAACUGGUUGCUUUCAAGCAGCUCUUCGUCAAACCACAGCCUAUAGGUGAACAAACACCACUGCUCCUGUAGACCCAGUGAGGAAACAUCAGCAUCUUCUGUACUGAGACCUGCCAAUUCUCAUGUAACCAGAUGGUAGGUGGACUUGAAGAGUUGAUUUCUUCAAAGAAGCUUUUGAAUGUUUACAAUGUGCUAAAUUUCUUUGGAAUAUCUUGACUGACUCGCUGGUCCGUGGGGAUGAGACUUGCACUUGCCCUGUGGAUUUUGAAUUUUGAGUUCUCGAACACAGCCAGAAUGUUGAGUGUUGCAACACAUGGACUUGAUGGCUCUUUUGCACAUUGAUGAUAUUGUUACAAAGGAAAAUUGUUCCCCUUCCCAAGGAUUAAUAUUUGUGAAUGUUGCAAGGACAAAUGAUGUAUAACAUUAAAGACAUGCACAGUGCAAUGGACAUUUAAUACCUCAUUGAAUUCUAGAACAAUAUUUCUGACCUAGAUACCAAGUUAUAAACUACAACAGUUAGCUUUUAGAAUUUUUGAUCUUUGGUAUUUGUUUAGAAUGUUUGCCAUGUUGCUUGUAUUAAGGAUUUGGUACAAAAGGUUCCAUUUAAGGUUUGGUUAAGGUAUUGACACUGCAGCAGCUUUUUCACCCAAGGUUCCUGCACCACAGAGCAGAGGCAAGUGAGCCAUUUGUAGCCUUCCUCCAAUCCACUUCAACUGGAGUCAAAGCUCAAUGGUGUUCUGUCCAUGUUUAGCACACCCCAUGAUUAGGGAGUGGACUGGAGGGAAGGAUUAUAAAUGUGCAUUACUUAAUUGGAAUUGAACUUACUGCUCUAAAAUUGACUUGGAAUUGUGGGGGUGGGCAGAAUGAAAGGAUGUUCUCUUCACCUGCUGCUCAUGUAGCCCAGUUACCUGGUUGUGUGUAUCCUCUAUCAUGGGAAUAGAGGGAUGCCCUAGUGAAUGUUGCAAUCCAGUUUGGAAUGUUGUUAACACUUAGUUUCUAUUUUGUAUAGAUUUUAUACUGUAUAUUAAAAUUGUAAUGUUGGGUCAGAGG